AUGAGAUUAAGCACGGGACACUACGUAUUUCUCGGUUUAUUCGCCAUAACGCAAUGUGUCGUGAUAUUUCUACUAUACACACUAACUGGUGUCGAUUAUUAUCGUCUGAAACGAAUUCACAAUCUAAUCAAUGGGGGAUUUCUGAUGACGUUGGGAUCGAUGUUUAUUUGGAGGAGAGUCACAUCGGCAUUGAACCAUUUGGAUCCGGACCGAAUUACACCGGCUCGUCUACGAUGGCGGACUAUUUGUUUGCAGGACGUCGCACGAGCUACACUUCUUAUAAUGCUUGUAUUAUCGCAGUUCUCAAUGAUAUUCUAUUUCUUACUCCUAGGAGCAGAACCUCAUCUUCUCGCUCAGAUAAGCCUGGUUGGAUUGGCAGCGUAUUUACACGUGGUAGUGUUCUUAGUCAUUGCUGAAUCUGUUCAUUUUCUUAGUACGGUCUCUUUGAAAUACGGUGUUCUCGAGUCGAUAAACAGGUAUAUAGUAAAUAAUCGUCACACUUACACAUUUCUCUCCUUAUUUUGUGCUCUAUUAUUCAUUCUUGGCGGACUCUACACGACGUUCACGGAGCCGGUUUACACGCGGGUGACGAUUCCUUUGAAGAAAUUACAACAUGGUGAGCUGCGAUUGGCUCUCCUGUCAGAUCUUCAUAUUGGACCAACAGUCGGCCAAACGAGAAUGGAAAAGAUUGCACAGCUCACAAACAAGCUCAAUCCAGAUAUUAUCGCCAUCGCUGGCGAUUUAGCGGAUGGUUAUGUCAGGGAUUUCGCAACUGCAGCUGCUCCUCUCUGCUCACUUAAGGCCAAAUAUGGAGUUUAUUUCGCAACGGGCAAUCAUGAGUACAUGCACGGGAAUGUGGAGGAAUGGUUCUCAUAUCUGGAUAGCUGCAAUAUUACAGUGCUUCAUAAUUCUUACAAACGAUUCGUGACCAACAAAGCAGACCAGAUAUGUAUGGCAGGCGCUGACGAUCUGUAUGCAGCCAAAGCUCACUUCCCUGGUCAUGCCAUGCAUCCGGAAAGAGCGGUAUCAGGUUGUGAGCCGAACGACACCGUCAUCAUGCUUGCUCAUCAACCCAAUGCUGCCAAAUUAAUGCUAAAUCAUCCACUUGUAAGCGAGAAACUUGAUCUGAUAUUAUCAGGGCACACUCACGGAGGCCAGAUGUACUUGUUCGUCCCGAUAAUUUACUUGGCCAACGCAUUCGCGAGGGGCUUGUACUAUCAUGAUCCUACCGGUGUGUAUGUUUACGUCUCGGCGGGGGUCAAACACUUUGGACCUCCUCGUCAGAAAUAUUCGGCGCUUGUGAAAUCAUCGAUAUCGUUCUGA